AUGUCGCAUGCCGGUAGCCUGAAGAGAGGCUCAACACCAGAUUUAUCCAGCAACAACCCCUUGGCUGAUGGGCCACCCGACGGCGGAAAACCUGCCACCCCACCACACAUACAAUGCGACCCGACGUCACAACAACUACAAAAUGAUGCGGCAAAAACCACGAUCGAGGCACCAGAUGGAGGCAUUCGAGCUUGGCUAGUGGUUCUUGGUGCUUGGUGCACCUCAUUUUGCAGUUUCGGCUGGAUUAAUAGUGUCGGUGUUUUCCAAGAGUACUAUCAAACAAAAAUGCUACAAGGAUAUUCAGCAAGCACCAUUUCAUGGAUUCCAUCUCUGCAGAUUUUCUUCAUGAUGGGAAUGUACGGCUUUGCGUGCUCCCAAAGACUUACCACCAUCUACAAGGGCCCAGUCAUUGGAGUGCUGUACGACAAGUUCGGCCCACGUCACUUAAUAUUCGUGGGUACAUUCUUGCAUGUAUUUGGAUUAAUGAUGGCAUCUAUAUCUCAUGACUACUACCAAAUCUUGCUGGCACAGGGUGUGUGUAGCGCGAUUGGCGUAUCUGCUAUCUUUCAGCCUGCCUUGAACACCAUUUCCGGGUGGUUUGAUAAACGGCGCGGCGCAGCCUUUGGUAUUCUGGCUACAGGAUCAAGUCUUGGGGGUGUCAUUUUCCCCAUUAUGGUCAGUCGUCUUAUUGCUCAGGUUGGCUUUGGCUGGGCAAUGCGAGUCUCUGCCUUUUUAAUCCUUGGUCUGUUGAUCGUGGCCAAUUUCACUGUGAAGCAGUUUCAGCGCCCAAAAGCACGGCCUCUGUCCUUCCGGAAUUUUUGCAUACCAUUUACCGAAAUCAAAUUCCUCGCGUUGACGAUUGGGCUGCUUCUAUUUACGUUUGGAUUGUACGUUCCCAUCAACUACAUCCCUGUCGAAGCCGCUGCUGCAGGUAUGCCACCACACCUCGUUGAAUAUUUGGUCCCGAUUUUAAACGCGGCAAGUUUAUUUGGUCGCGCUGGCUCUGGAUUUAUUGCUGACAAAAUGGGCCGCUACAAUAUCUUCAUCAUUGUAUGUUACGUGACAGGUAUCUGGAUUCUCGCUCUCUGGAUCCCGGCGGCAACCACUGCGGCCAGAGUCGCCUUCUCAGCACUAUUCGGCUUCUUUUCUGGGGCCUAUGUUGCCUUGAUUCCAGCACUCGUGGUUCAGAUAUCACCAUUUCCUGAGAUCGGCUUUCGAACCGGGUUGGUCUUCUUCGCAUGCUCAUUUGGGGGGUUAACGACCAAUCCCAUCAGUGGUGCUCUCUUGGAACAGAGUAGUGGUUGGCUCGGCGCCAAGAUAUUUGCUGGUGUCUUUUGUCUUGUUGGAACCUGCUUUGUACUUGUGGCUCGAAUGCACCAUACAGGGAUGCACAUGCGAUCGGUGUUUUGA